UAGCGGGCUUCCUAUCGAACUUUUCAAGUUUAGUCUAGUUUGUGCUAAAUUUCUAAAACCUUUAGAAGUGGUAGAGUUAUGAAUUUUCUUCCUGGAGAUUGGAUGUGUCCCCAAUGUGACUCCCAUAACUUUUCAAGGAAUAUGAAUUGCAGGGAUUGCGGUAUUGUAAGGCCCAACAACGCAGAUAAGCUUGAAAAUUAUCGUUCUGGUGGAGGUGAAAACCAGAAACAUUAUACUAAUAAUUCUCGAUAUUCGAGCUCAAAUAAUAGUUUUGGAAUGGUUAACAAUUCCAUUCCUCUCAAUUUCAUGCCUGGAGAUUGGAUGUGUUCUCAACCUAAAUGUCAACAUCACAACUUUGCCAGAAAUUUAGAAUGCCGACGGUGUGGAGCUCCUAAGUAUGAUAAUGCUGGAAGCAUUUCUGGAAGUAAAUUUGUGUCUCACGAUUGGUAUUGCCCUAACGCUGAUUGCGGUUAUUACAAUUUUGCUCGCGUUUCCUACUGCAGAAUGUGUGACACUCCUCGACCAGAGAACACUGUUGAUUCUAGCCAGGAUCACAGGAAGGGCCCACUAGCGUUCGCUGAUGGUCAUAGCUAUAAACUGGGAGACUGGACCUGCGCUUUAUGUUCCGAGCACAACUUUGCUAGGCGCCUUAUUUGCAGAAAAUGUUAUGCUGAUAAAUCUCAAAUAGAACCUGCACGUGGCGAGAAUGAUCAAAACGUUGCGGGAGAAAAAUAA